AAAAUGGAAACAUAGUUCCAACUGUGGACUGGAUUGCUGAAAUCUCUUGAAGAUCACAUUGGUGAAAACACUGAGCAAUAUGAAGUGGCUGAUCUUAGCUCUGGUUUUUCUCCACCUGUCAGAUGGGCUGGACAGAAUCAUUCUGAAGAAAAGGAAAUCCAUUCGGGAGGAGAUGAAAGAGAAAGGAGUAUUAGAAGAAUUUCUGAAGCACCACCAUGUUGAUCCUGCAACAAAAUAUCACCUUAAUGAAUACAAUGUUGCUUAUGAACCAAUCACCAAUUACUUAAAUUCAUUCUAUUUUGGAGAGAUCAGUAUUGGGACUCCACCACAGAACUUCUUGGUUGUCAUGGACACAGGUUCUUCCAAUCUAUGGGUACCAUCUGUGUACUGUAAUACUGAGGCCUGUGCUAACCACAACAGAUUCAACCCAAGUCAAUCUUCAACAUACUCGAAUGAGGGACAGACCUAUACACUGUCUUAUGGCAGUGGGAGCUUGACUGUCAUGCUAGGCUAUGAUACACUGCAGGUCCAAAACAUUGUUGUUCAAAACCAGGUGUUCGGCCUUAGUGAGGAUGAACCUGCCAGUCCCUUCUACUAUGCCAAUUUUGAUGGGAUUUUGGGGAUGGCUUACCCUGCCAUGGCCGUAGGGGGCUACACUGCCAUGCAACAGAUGUUGAGGCAAGGGCAGCUUUCUGAACCAAACUUCAGCUUCUACUUCUCACGUCAACCAACUGUUCAGUAUGGAGGGGAAUUGAUCUUGGGAGGUGUUGAUACUCAGCUCUUCUCUGGGCAGAUUUCCUGGGCACCUGUCACCCGCGAGGUUUACUGGCAGAUUGGCAUUGAGGAGUUUGCAAUUGGAAGCCAGGCAACUGGCUGGUGCAGCCAAGGCUGCCAAGCAAUUGUGGACACUGGCACAUGUCAGCUUACUGUCCCAGGGCAGUACAUAGGAAGCUUCCUACAGGCUGUAGGAGCAGAAGAAUACAAUGGGGAGUAUGUUGUUAACUGCAAUGAUGUUCAGAACAUGCCCACCAUCACCUUUGUCAUUAAUGGAUCCCAGUUCCCACUGCCUCCUUCUGCCUAUGUCUCCACUAAUAAUGGAUAUUGCUAUGUUGCAAUUGAGCCCACCUAUCUUCCUUCCCCAAAUGGACAGCCUCUAUGGAUCCUGGGAGAUGUUUUUCUGAAGGAGUAUUAUUCAGUCUUUGAUAUGGCCAACAACAGGGUGGGCUUUGCACCAUCAGCCUAGAUUAAACAAAGUCAGUCUUCCCCGUUGAAUGCUGCUGUUCUCUUGGUUUCUGAUUUCAGAUUAAGUUUGUGAAAUUUUCAGAAUUUCAGAUUAAGUUUGUAAAGCAGACUGCCAUGUGCCUUAACUGUCCCUAGAUAGACUGCUUAGUCAUGUAUCUUAUCAGUUGUCUUGUGACCCAUUGCUACUAGAAUUGUCAACUCCAGCUCUGGAAAUUCCUGGGGAUUUGGGGGGGCAGAGCCUGGGGAGAAUAGACUUUGGGGAGGGGAAGGACCUCACUGGGGCAUAAUGGCAUAGAGCUUACUCUCCAGAGGUGCCAUUUUUUCUAGGGGAACAGAUCUCUGUAAUCUGGAGAUUAGUGGUAAUUCUGGGGAACUCCAUGUCUCACCUAGAGGUUGGUAAUUUUAAUUGCUACAGAUGAACAAACUCUAAUGUGCCCAAAUUCCAUUGCCAUUGGUUGUAUGAAGAAUUUAGUUUGGUCUGGGAGAAAGUAAUUAGCAAUGCAGUCCUUAGCAGAGCUACACUUUCCUGAACCCAUUGACCACAACAGAUUUAGAAGGAUGUUAACUGCUUUGGACUGUACAGUUGGUGUGGUAAGACACCUGAUUUUUUCUUAGUCCUAUCUCCUCAUUGUAUUUUAAACUCAUACAAUGAUAUAAUAUGAAAAAAUAAAUAUUACAAAACUUAAA